AUGGGAGAUGCUGAAGAUUCUGAUACUAGCAGUGGCACUUCUAAUUCUAGCAGUGGCUCUGACUCUGAAACUGAGCAAGGGCUGACACCUAUAGUUGUUCAUCCUACACUUCCAAAACAGUUGGAAGAUCUGUGUGCUGAAUUACUUGGUGAUUAUACUGUUCCUCCAGUUCCACCUACAGAUUCCAACUUAGCUCCGAAAAUUAAUGACCUUUCUCUGUCUGAGAAAGCAUCACUUGAGCAUUAUGUUGCAUGGAAGAAAUCAAAUGGGACAGUAAAAGGGUACAAAUAUCAUGCAACUGUCCUGCAGUCCAAUCUAGACACUGAAAUUCUGUCACUCCACCAAGUUAAGAAGCUUUCACAAAGGCUUACUGGGUUUUAUCCAAAGAAAGUGGACAUGUGUCCAAAAAGUUGCAUUGCUUAUACUGGCGAAUACAAAGACUUGGAUAAAUGUCCAUAUACUUUCAGUCAAGCAAAGGAACCAUGUGGAAUGGCACACUACAAGUAG